AUGGAGGAAGACAUAAGAAAAAGAGGGAUGCUGUACCUGCAGCAACAAAGAUUUGGAAAGAAAUGGAGAAAGGUUUGGACCAUUCUGUACAAAGAGAGCACUUGCUCCAUCUCCAGACUGGAGUUUUUUGAGUGCAAGGACCACAGUGGCACUUUGGAGAAAUCCAACCGCAAACAGGACAACAAGAAGGUGAUAAAGCUGAGCGAUUGUAUUCGUGUGACAUGUGAAGUGGACGUGGAGGGCUGUCCGAGGGACUGCGGGCCCCUCUUGGUGGAGACCUCCGAAAAGCAGUUUGUCUUUGCCGCCGAAAACGCCGAGGUGGAGGACUGGAAGAAAAAACUGUGUGAAAUCGCCUUCCCUGUGAGUACCAGAUGGACAGAGAGAGGACAGAGACGGGGGAGCAUGCAGCACACACAAGCCGAAUCAGACGAGGUAACCAUGGCGGACAACUCCAUUUACAGUGGCAGAGAGGGCGCCAUGAAGGAUUUCAGAGUGACAAUAAGGCGAACAGAGGCUUCAGAAAGGUGUAAUCUGAGAGGGGCUCACCUGCUAAGGACAGACUUUGACAGCCUACUGUUGAAAGACCCCAAAACAGGCGAAGUGGUUUACACUUGGCCCUACCGUUUCCUCCGCAGGUUCGGGCGUGAUAAGACGACCUUCUCCUUCGAGGCCGGGCGUAGGUGUGACUCCGGUGAAGGCAACUUUGAAUUUGAGACGAAGUUGGGCAACGAGAUUUUCCAGUGUGUGGAAGCAGCCAUCAACGUUCAGAAGACUAGCCUCUCCCACAGGCAAUUCUCGGCCGGCGGAUGCCUGGAACGGGAUCCGCCUCGGAUCAACACGCCAGCGGACGAUGGUGGUGCGUACAGUACCGUAAACGAGAUGACAAGCCGGGAAACCCCUUUGACGCCGCAGCCUCCUCGAUCCAGACUGGAGACUCCCUCGGACAAGCAUCUGACUGGAGUGAAGAGCCUCACUCUGGACACCCGGCCGCCGCCCCGGAAAAGCCAAGUCAAAAACUUCCGCAGCUGUCCGUUAGCUAACUCCGAGAGCGAUAUGUACUGUAAAGCCACCAUGCCCGUUAGUGACCAAGGCAGUCUCGGAGAACAAGUGGAGCCGGAGAGCAAAAACUCGCCCUCCUCCAACCACAGUGACCCGGACUACGCACUACCUUUUGACACCAUUGCUAAAAACCUUGCAGAGAUGUUGUCGGUGUCGCAUCCGCCUCCGGCUGUAGCAGAUCCUGGUUGCAAGAGGGAGCGGGCGGAGGAAGACAGUAAGCUAACGGAGCCCCUGUACGACAGCAUUGACGAGAUGGCUAUCAGAACGCCGUUAGCACAGAAGAGCAAGUCACGGCCGUCCACCUACUCCAGAGCCGAGCACAUCUACGACGAGCCCGAGGGUUGUGCUGUGGCUGGCGUUGCGCCCACGUUCCUCUAUGAUGAUCCCGAAGAGGUCAAAGGUCAUGCCUGGAAAAUAAGGGGAAAUGCGGCGGACCCGAGCGGCCACGAGUAUCCGUACAAUCCGCAGGUCGAUGACUACGCCGUUCCCAAACCUCCCAGAAGGGCUUUCGCUUCCGAACAGAAACAGAAAGACCAGGCAACCAUAGAAGAGGACGAUAGCUCACCUUACGAUAACGUGAUGCUGAAAAUGGUGUAA